CUCUUGCGUGUAUGCGGAAGUGUCUGCUUACUGUUGUGAAUUUGCUGAAAGAAGGUGGCAGCUUGGGGGAAAAACAAGCAAACCAAGAAGUUCUAGCUCUUAAAGUUUUAAGGAACGAUGGAUCUAAAUAACGAAUCUGUUAAAAGGAUUCUCUCUAAGUAUAAGUUUCACGAUGUUGCCGUUGAGGAAAUACAGAAAAUUCAUGGCAAUUACCCAGACAUGAAAACAGUGGCCGGUACUUACAUAUUUACUGACAGUUCUCAGAAGGACCUCCUGAAGGUGCUGGGAAACAUCCCUGUCAGAUACCAAGGUCGGUCUUACAACAUACCCGUCCAGUUGUGGCUGUUGGAUUCGUUCCCCUUCACGCCACCUAUCUGCUUUCUUCGCCCCACAGCCAGCAUGAUGAUUAGGGAGGGCAAACAUGUGGAUGCCAAGGGCCGAAUCCACCUGCCUGCUCUGCACAACUGGGACCAUCCCAAAUCAUCUGUAAUAGCGCUACUGGAGGAGAUGAUUGCUAAGUUUGAAGAGGAGCCUCCUCUGGCUAUGAAGUCUACAGGAGAUCAGAAAGACCCCAAUGAGUUGCUUGCACUCGUUUCACAUUUAAACUUGACUGAAGGUGGAAAUCGGUCUGACCCGGGUGUAAAUAAGGUCUCUGUCAUUGGAGGAGGAGACUUGGGGAUGGCUGCUGUGUUGAGUAUAAUGGCAAAAGGUUUUGUGGACAAACUGGUUUUAAUCGACAUACCAGAGAGUUCAACCAAAGGAGGCACCAUGGACUUGGAGAUUUUCAGCCUGCCAAAGGUGGAAGUGUCAAAAGAUUUGUCAGCCUCAGCUGGUUCUAAGGUGGUGGUGGUUACUGCAAAUGCUUGGAAUAAUGAGCAAUCAUUUGUGAGUGUGCUGCAGACUAAUGUGGAUCUGUAUGCGAAGAUCAUCCCAGGCCUGACUCGCCUCAGUCCUGGUGCAGUGCUGCUCAUCGCGUCUCAGCCCGUGGAGAUAAUGACCCAUGUGGCAUGGAAACAGAGUUGCAUGCCACCUACUCACGUGAUCGGUGUAGGCUGUAACCUGGAGUCAGAGAGAUUCUCGUACAUCCUCAACGUUGCAUUACUGGCCAACAGCACGAACAAAAAAGCCUGGGUCAUAGGAGAGCUAUCUGACAAGAAGGUUGCUGUUUGGGCUAAUGUAGGUGGGGACAAGCACCAAGUCUUGGUCCCGGUGUCCAACUCCACAAGACCACUGAUAGACAGGGCAUUUGAGAUGUUGAAGGGAAGAGGUCAGAGGUCAUGGUCAGUGGGGCUGUCCAUCGCUGACAUCACGCACUCCAUUCUUACAGACCAGCAAAAAACACACUCCAUCACUACUCUGGCUCAGGGAUGGGGAGGUAUCGGCUCCGAGGUGUUCCUCAGCUUGCCCUGUAUGUUAGGACUGAAUGGCUCCACUCGUCUGGCAGGCGUGGCCCUCAGCUCAGAAGAUGACGCGAAGCUGAAGGAGAGCAUCUUGUCUCUCAGCAACCUCCUCACACAGCUGAGGAUUUAGUUCCUAAACCCUCUCAGAUCCCAGCAAAGACUUUCAAAGCCCGCACGGUUACAGUAACAGCAAAUCCGGUUACAAAACAUACCUCCUCCACAUCUGUAUUCUUCAGACUGAUUGGUGCCUUUUAACAAAUAUUUGAAUUCAAGAAACGCAGAUGUCCAUAAAACGUAAAGACCCCUAUAAAACGUAAAGACCCUGAAUGCAGCCGAGGAGUGACAUGCCCUGUUCUCACGUUUUGUACCACACACAUCUUAACAAAAUUUAAUUUUAGCAUAGGAUACAUUUUAUUACCUGAGCAUAUUUCUUUUACUCUUCUUUUCUCAAUAAAAAUAUUACAUCUGAAAAACAGAUUCAAUUUCUAACGAACAGCCUUCAUGUGCACGUGUAGUAAAGGUUCAUGUGGAGAAGAUUUUAAGUAACGAUUGCAGUAGCACCCAGAAGAUAUCUUGAUACUCUGCGUUGUUCCUGUACUUUGCACUUACAUGGUAGUUUUUGUUUUCUUACUAUUACUGAGGUGAUUUAUUUAUGGAACAAGAACAAUGUUAUGACCCAUAUUAUACUGUGAUUGAAUUUUACCAGAGUACUCCGAACCAAUGAAAUGUCUAUUUUUACUUUUUCAUGUACAGAUAUAAUUUAGUUUACUUUGUCUAAAGACAGUCUGUCACAUGACUUGUAUUAAAAGCAAGCUGGUGUAGGGUAAAUAUGUUUUUGAAAUUCUGAUUAAGACUGCACUAUGUUGCACUUUAAGAGUUGAAGUGUCUCUUUGUGUGUUGAUGUAAUGCAUUAUACCAGCAUCUUGUUUUGCUUUAGAAAUAACUUGCACAGCAGCAAUGAUUGCACACUACUAAUAAUGAUCUGCCAAAGCAGUAACAUAUCAAUGUCUAAUAAAUGCUUUCAGUGUAAAA